AUGUUGACGGCUGCAGCUGAAAUGGAGGCCCAUGGCAUAGGUAGCAGGGCUGGAUCACACCUUACUCCCCAGUCACAAUCAUCAGCUUCUACAUAUGUGCAGCCAAUGCCUCCGCAUCCCCCGGAACUCGUGGGCCCGUCCCUGUCUACCUCAGAAACGGCACCGAUAGAACGGAUCCAAGGUGUUACCCAGCCACGGAGUUUGAACAGUGUCCACAUUUCCGAGGUUGAAAUCGAUGAACUAUUUCAUAUGUUCUUUGCUGAAUAUGCACCCUUUUCACCCAUAUUAGAUCCUCACACGACACCCAACUCCUAUUACGCGCAGUGUCCUUUUAUUUUCUGGGCUGUAAUUGGCGUUGCGUCUCGGAUGUACCGGAACCCGACGCUUCUAUCUGCCCUCGGACAGAGUAUUACGGAAAUGGCCAUGGUAUCCAUUGCCUCAACGUCACCACAGUGGCAUAUCAUUCAAGGCAUACUGAUCAUCCUCACGUGGCACCAAACCAGACAUAACCUUCGUAUUGGGAGGAAUGUUGCUGCAUAUGGCCAUGCAAAAUGGACUUCAUAUCCCAAUGUCCAGUCAUGA